ACACGCAUGCGAUACGAGUGUAUUUAUCAAGAAACACAGUAAGCUCUCUGUUUUGACACAGUUUCUUCUGUUUUUUGUGGAUGGAGAUGCACCGCUGCCCAUCUCCAUCUUCAAACAGCAAUCCUAGGAUAAAAAUAUAAACAACCCAUCAGCAUAAAAUCUUCUUACAUAGACAAUGUCCUGCUCCUUCUCUAUUCUCUCCCCUUCUCCUCCUCUCUUUUCUCCUGUUUUCUCUCCUUAUCUUUACUCUUCUUGUCUAUAUGGCUACACCACCAAAAUACCACCCGUUCUUUCUUGUCAAAGACCCAAAAAAAGGCGUGGACUUUAUUAUUAUGAUUCCAUGGAGAAAAGACCUGAUGGACAUUUCAGGGUCUGUUCUUGUUCUACCUUUGGAGAGGGAGAAUUAGACAAUAUUAAUAGGAAUCGAAUGAUGGAGAAAGGUCAAAUAGAGGAAGAUGAUGACGGCUGUGGUAAUCAAGAAGAAGAAGAAGACGAAGAAGAUGAUGUUGAUGAGAUAGAUGCUGUUAGUCCCACUGGUGUAUUGCCUGAUAGAUGGGAUGUUCUGGGUCUUGGUCAAGCUAUGGUCGAUUUUUCUGGCAUGGUUGAUGAUGAAUUCUUAGAGAGAUUGGGAUUAGAGAAAGGUACCAGGAAAGUUGUGAACCAUGAGGAGAGAGGUAGAGUUUUGCGAGCUAUGGAUGGUUGCAGCUAUAAGGCAGCUGCUGGUGGAUCUCUUUCAAACAGCCUAGUGGCCUUGGCAAGGCUUGGUUGCAAGCCCAUUGCAGGACCUGCCCUAAAUGUAGCCAUGGCAGGCAGUGUAGGGAGCGAUCCACUAGGUGAAUUCUACAGGGCAAAAUUACGUCGGGCAAAUGUGAAUUUUCUCUCUGUACCUGUCAAAGAUGGGACUACAGGGACAGUGAUAGUUCUAACUACUCCAGAUGCUCAGCGGACUAUGCUUGCAUAUCAGGGUACAUCUUCGACUGUUAGCUAUGAUCCAUGUUUGGCUAGCAUAAUUCCCAAGACAAACAUAUUAGUAGUUGAAGGGUAUUUGUUUGAACUUACUGAUACAAUUAAGACAAUUGCAAGAGCAUGCGAAGAAGCACGAAGGAAUGGUGCUCUGAUUGCAGUCACGGCAUCUGAUGUCUCUUGCAUUGAGAGACACUAUGAUAAUUUUUGGGAAAUCAUAGAGAACUAUGCAGAUGUGGUGUUUGCAAACAGUGAUGAAGCAAGAGCAUUAUGUGAUUUUGCCCCGAAGGAAAGCACAGUUUCAGCUACAAGGUAUCUUAGUCACUUUGUACCAUUAGUCUCUGUUACGGAUGGGCCAAGAGGCUCCUAUAUUGGGGUAAAAGGAGAAGCUGUAUAUAUCCCUCCUUCCCCAUGUGUACCAGUUGACACCUGUGGCGCUGGGGAUGCAUAUGCAUCUGGCAUUUUAUACGGUAUUCUACGCGGUGUAUCAGAUUUGAAAGGAAUGGGUACACUAGCAGCUAGGAUUGCAGCCACUGUUGUUGGGCAACAGGGUACUCGACUUAGAAUUCAGGAUGCUGUUAAGCUAGCAGAGUCAUUUGCAUUUAAUCUCGAGACAUCCACCAUUAGAUCAGAUGUCGGUUCUGAUCAUAUUUCCAGCUUGUAACAUGGUAGCUUAUGCCCUUAGUGUUGCUUUUCUCAAUUCUUUUUGUAGACAGUAUUCCUCUGUUGAUACUCGAUUCUUGUAACUAUGUAAAUUAUAAAUAUAUACAUUGAUUGUACUGGCAAUGAAUUUGCCAGGCCCA